GCUGCUCCAGCGCUUUUCCCUUAGGGACAGCCCCCUGCCAGCGAGGCUGUGACGGGAGUUGAGCGGCAGCGGCCUGACGCCUGCAGAAGGCAAUAGCUGCGAUCGCAAGCGCGGCUUACGGCGCGGGGCUGGGUGUUGGCAGCAGCCCACAGCGGGCGCUGGCAUGGGGCAGCGCUCAUGCACCGGAGGGUUCGCCCGCUGGGUUAACGCUGCGGGGGCACAACAACAAAGGGCACAAACAAAGCAGAGGGGCACCCCUGGGUCGCAGAACCACCGAAUGGUUUGGGUUGGAAGGGACCCUUCCAAGGCUAUCUAGUUCAGCUCCUCUGGUGACCGGGGACAUCGUGAACUAGGUCAGGUCUCUCAGCCCAGGCCAACCUGGCCUUGAAUAUUUUCAGAGAUGGGGCAUCCACCACCUCUCUGUGCCAGUGCCUCUCCACCUUCACUGUAAAACAUUUCUUCCUGAUCUCUAAUCUAAAUCUACCCUCUUUUAGUUUAAAACGAUUACCCUUGUCCUGCCUGUGUAGAGUGUCCUGUUACAAGAGCUCUGAGAAGAACCAGGGGACCAGGACCUUAAGGAGAACAUCUCUGGUUGCAUAGGGCUUCAGUCCAUGGGAGCAUGCCAGAGCCAGGACUGCUGUCAUCAGGCUUCAGUCAUUUCACAUUGUGCCAGCUGGGCUAGUCAGAGGCACAGGGACUGAAACUCUGCUUCAGAGUGCCUUUGGACUAUAAAAUGAAUGAACUCCAGUGGAAAAUGAAAGCAAAGCUUUGUGAGCUUCUGUCUUUGGGAUAUGGUGUCCCACUGUGGUUGCUUUCCAGAGUAACAGUAAACCCCUCAAAGGUUACGCUUGCUUUAGCAACAUCAGCACUGCUCUAAGAAGUGAAGAGUAAAUCCCCAUAAGUCUGUUGUGCUUGUGCUGUAGCACUCCCCUGGCAUCAGGCCACUUCCCUUAUGGUCUCUGAGCUUGCCUGUGUGAUUCUGUAGGGUGCUGAAGAUGGCAGGCAGCUCCUCUCCUUGGACUGGCAGUGCUUACCUCUUCCUUCAGUCGACCUGCAAGACCAUCGCUCUGCCAUCCCUCUACGAGAGCUCCCAGAAGAAGCCUUGUGUGUUCAAGGCCCUGAAGCUGGCAUUAGCAGACUCCACUGGCAGCGUGAAUGGUGUGGACAUGCUCAAGGUGCACUGCAGCCACCCCCACCUGAUAGUGCAGCUGAGGUUCUGCAGGCGGGAGAACUGCCGCCGCUUCCUGCGCAGCUACCGCGAAGGAGCGCUCCAGAAGUCCCUCCAGAGUCACCUCCAGCUCUCCCUGGCCACAACCACGGUGCCUCUGGAAGUGGAGCUGAAGGCUGGCAGUGAGCACCUUGACAAGAUGCUGAAGGAUGAGGAUCGUUGCUUGGAGUGCAUCUACAGAGAAAAGCCUGACCGCCUGCCGGAUGAGGAGAUCACGGAGCUGGAGGAAUGCCUCAAGAGCCUGAUGCUGCACCAGAGCACUAACAACAAUGUGGCUGGAAAAGACUGCUCAUCUCUGAAGUCCCCAUCUCAGCCUUGUCCUCCUCAAGGCAGCUCCCUUCCCACGCAGUUCACCUUCAUCUUUCAGGGACAGCAGUUUGACAACAGAACAAUCACACCAGACGACCACCAGAAGUUUGCCAAGUCCGUGUCCAAGAAGUGGAAGCAAGUGGGUCGCUCCCUGCAGAAGUCCUGCCGGGCCCUGCGUGACCCUGUCAUCGACAACCUGGCGCUGGAGUACGACCGCGAGGGACUCUAUGAACAGGCCUACCAGAUGCUGCUCAGGUUCAUCCAGUCUGAGGGCAAGAAGGCCACCAUAGCACGGCUGAUUGCAGCCCUGGAGGAAAACGGGCUCGUCAGCUUGGCUGAGGAGCUCCUGGGCCUCCACUCCAGUGAGGACUGCUCCUAGAGCCCAGGGGACAGUGCCAUUGCUAAGGGCUUUCCUGCUUUAGCUACUGUAUGAAACUGCUGCCAGUGUCUGGGAAUGUAAUGUCCUGAAUAUCACCCAGAGGUUUCCGUCGAGGUGGAAAUGCUCAGGGGAGAGGUUCUGUGUUUGCAUGGACCUCUGACUUGCCUUAUUUCACUGUGUUUCCAGAAAUACAGCACUACCUUCCCGUGAGCUGGUGAGAGGCUUUCACCCUGACUUCCUUCAGGGCUGUGGCAGGGGAGCAGCCAGACAGAGAGCCCAAGGGGAGAAUGAGGGAGAGGAGAAAAGCAAGCAAGUCUUCUCAUAGGAUUUCUCUGGGAAGCAGAGAAUGCCACUGCUUCUCAGGCUGUCUCCAGGGCCAUCACCUGGCGAGCUGCAAUAUAUUUUUACAUUGAAAACAUUUUUGCCCUCAGCCAUGACAUCAAGUAAAGAAAAAGGAGAAAGUAAGGAAGUGUCAAUUUUACGUUAUUUUCCUUCUUUGUUUGAAAAACAUCAUGGCAAGAGUAUCUGUUCUGCCCUGCUCUGUUGUAGCUCCUUCCCACCUCUCACCACCUGAAGGCUUUUCUUCUACUUGGGACAGCCGUAGUCUUCCACAGGACAGAAGAUCGCUGCUGUACAACAAAUGGCAGACACUGAACAAACAGUAUGGACAAACUCAAAUUCAGACAAUGAUUGUCAACAUUUUCUCAUCUGUGGCAGACAGUGAUGUGUUGAUUGGCUCUUGCCUGCCAGCCUGAGGGAGCCUGUAGCUGUGGAAGGCAAAACACAGUGCUGGAAGGAAAAGAGUCUCCUCAUCAGCAAGUUACCUGUGGAGCCUGGUUUGGAACUGCUGCUCUCAGGGCAUUGCAGCAUCAAAAGCCAUCCUCAGCCCACAGAGCUGAGCAAUCACCACACCCAGCUGGCUGCUCCUGCCCUCCCUCAUGUUUCAGCCUGCUGGGCCCCUGGAGGGGACAGCUGACCCUGCUGUGUCCCACAGGUGUCAGGACCCACAGAGAGCCUUUCUCUGGUACUGCUGUCACUGUGUGACAAUCAAACAUCACCUGCCACCGUGCCUGGAUUUACCUGCACUGAUUUUCAGGGUAAAAAUGGUUUAAGAGACAAAUCUCCCAAACCCCAGGGCUGACUCCUACUUUCAGUUCCUGUGGGAGAAGCUGAGUGUCUCCUGGUAUGGCUGAGGCAGCCUGCAACACAGCAGCUGCACUUCUGCUGUGACAAAGCACAGACCAAUGAGUGUCUGGCAUGACACAGGUCCUGUGAAGCACAACAGCAGCUCAGUUACCUUUGACGUAUUCCCAGUGCUUUCCUGAUAGGUUUUUACUAAUACUUUUCCAUUAAUUCUAUCCUUUUUUCCCCUUCCCAUCUGUGGGAAUGGCCAGUGGGCCAUGGGAAUGUUUUCAGGUGCAGAGGAGGACUCUGGCCACACACACAAUGUCUGUGUGCACAUGACAAUAUUGGGCUGCUAGAAGUCAUGGUAGGAACAACUUUGAGGCCUUUUAAACCACAGCUCACAUCUUACUCCUUCCCUGGAGUCAAAGCUGUAAAUUACUAAGGAGGAACAUAACCUCAGAUUAUGUGGGCUCAGAUCCAAGCUUCUGGAGCUGGAGAUGUUCCUGUACCUUCUCCUGCAACAACUGAGCUUCAGUCACUGGAGACCUGGAUGGGCAGGACUUAGAUGGGCUGCUUUGAGCCAGCUGGGGUCCACAUGCCUCAGAUGGGCUGAGUUCACAUCCUUAGUGUAAGCCAGGGAAACAUGACUUGUUUGCUGCAGAUUUUGAACCCCCAAGGUUGCAUACAGAACCAGGAAAGGAAGGGGGUUACAUAUGAGGAGAAGGUUUUCAGGAUGUGAAUGAAUCUGCUUCCAUCUUGCCCCUACCUUCCAAGGAAGCAGGAUUUCAUCUCUGCAGACUGUGGCUCCAUCACCUUUUAUUAAGCCAUUUUAUAUCAGUUUAAUCCCCUCCAUUCCUGCUCACACAUCCUACCCUCUCCCUUCCAGUAGUACCAGUGCUCUUCCCAAAAUGAAGCAAUUACCUCUCUGACAGUUUUGCUUUUGGGACUGACACAGUGGUGCUGAUCUUAGCUAAUUUAGGCUGCUGUGGAUCCAUACCUCAAAGUAUUUAGCUUUCCUGCCAAAUCCCACCUGGGGAACUCUGUUUGGCAGAAACCCACCUGACAAAUCAUAUUUUAAAAAAAUUUAAAAAUCAGAAACUUGAAAGUUACUUUAAGAGCAAGAGAGUUUGCUCUUGAUUUUGCAGAAAUUACUUUUUUAAGAAAAGAAGGUCAUAUGCAUAGCCUGCUGUCUCAUUUGCAAUUAAUUUUUCUAAGCUCUCAGACUAGCUCUAUGUGCACAACUUGCACAUAUAGUCAUAAGGCAGCCACUGAGUAUGAGAAUUACUAGUUUUUGUAGCAUCUGUUAAUGCUCAAAUGACAAAGUCUUAUUAUUCAGCAUCUACUUCAAGUCCAGAAAACUUUUUUACUGCUGUUACUGUUUUACAGAGGACUAACCAUGAAUGCUUUCUUCUGAAUGUAAAUGUUUUCUUUCUGCCAGUAACUGGCAUGUGUAUUUCCUCUUACUCACAUAUUCCCAGUUAGAAUUCCCUGUCAGAAGUGCCAUUAAGUGCUGGAGCCCCUGGCAACCUUUCUGGAAUGUCUUAAUCUCCAGCAACAUUCACAGGUGCCUUCAUUGCAAAGACUUGAAGGAAAAAGGUUUUUCAGUAAUAUUCCAUGGUGAAAUUGUCUCAAGUGCAUGGCAUGGUUUGGGACAUAGCAGUGGCUGUUUCUUACCUCCUU